AUGACGGCGCCGCUCAUCUCCGCCGUCUGUUGCCGUUGAUAAUUUUUCCAACGAGGAAAAUCGAAAAAUCAGUAAAUGCCCCGCCGCCAUUAAUGCAAGUGGCUCGAUACACUGCAGGUCGGCUACUAGCCGUUUGGAGUGCGGUCAACUUAAAAGUCCGCAUUUUAGUCCGUUGAAAUCCAAAACCAGUCUGGCUGGACCCAAUAUACAAACCUGGGCCAGCAAAUUAGUAAAAGAUGGGCCCCGUACGAUACUACUCCGGUCCCAGUUGGGCCGGGUGUGGGGCAAUGAUUGGGCUCCGGUCAACUGCAUUUAUUUCUUUAGCUUUUUUUAAAUUUUGGUCAACUGUGUAUUUUUAUUUAAAUUAAUUUCCAGAGUCCAGAUUGGCGGGAAAGGCCGCCGUGGGGGUGGGGAGCAGGGCUUAACGGAGGGGACUCGGUGAUGAUGCAGAUCUGUGUGGAGUCUCCGGCGGGGAAGAUUAUCAUCUCCGAGGAAGGGAGCACUGACGGCAUCGGCAUCGUCAGGAGCAAGGUACAGGACUGAGAAGGCCAGCGAAGGCUUUGCUUCCCCCACCUAUCCUCCUCUUCCUUUCCUUGUGAUUUGUCUGAAGGGGAUUUAUGAUGGCUGUCGCUUUAGAGGAAGUUAUCAGGGAUGGCGACGGACCAGCAACACCUAAACUUCGCCGGGAAGCAGCCUCCGGACGCCCCCCGUAGUCUCGCCCAAUACAACAUUCAGAAAGGUCUGAAUAGGAUAAAGGAUCAUGCUCUAUUUUGA